GCCCGCGUCCCCGGCAGCCGCACCAGUCGAGCGGGAGAGCCGAUCCUAAGUCAGCUUCUGCCCAGCCUCCGGCGAGGGCUGGCCCUUCGGAAAGGCUCCUUGAACAGCGCGGGAGCAGGCCGGCCACCAUGACCGAGAACUCCACGUCCGCCCCUGCGGCGAAGCCCAAGCGGGCCAAGGCGGCCAAGAAGUCCACGGACCACCCCAAGUAUUCGGACAUGAUCGUGGCUGCCAUCCAGGCAGAGAAGAACCGCGCCGGCUCCUCGCGCCAGUCCAUCCAAAAGUACAUCAAGAGCCACUACAAGGUGGGUGAGAACGCCGACUCCCAGAUCAAGUUGUCCAUCAAGCGCCUGGUGACCACCGGUGUCCUCAAGCAAACCAAAGGGGUGGGCGCCUCGGGCUCCUUCAGGCUGGCCAAGGGCGACGAGCCCAAGAGGUCGGUGGCUUUCAAGAAGACCAAGAAGGAAGUCAAGAAAGUGGCCACGCCGAAGAAAGCAGCCAAGCCCAAGAAGGCUGCCUCCAAAGCCCCAAGCAAGAAGCCCAAAGCCACCCCGGUCAAGAAGGCCAAGAAGAAGCCGGCUGCCACGCCCAAGAAAGCCAAAAAGCCCAAGGUUGUCAAAGCCAAGCCAGUGAAGGCAUCCAAACCCAAGAAGGCCAAGCCCGUGAAGCCCAAAGCCAAGUCCAGUGCCAAGAGGGCCAGCAAGAAGAAGUGACCAUGCAGGCUCGGCUUGUGGACAUUCCUCCCUCCCUCCUGUCUUCUGUAAAUACGUUU